AUGGAAGUAUUGCAAGUAUACAAUAAGAUGAACUUAUAUUUAUUACUCAUAUUGCAAUUAUUUGCAGUAUUUGUCUAUUCAUAUUCUCCAAAUCCACGAUCUGGUCAUCUAUCAGCAUUUAUCAAUAAUAAAUUAUAUUUUAUUAGUGGCUCAACAACACUGGAUAGAACUGUUAUUUCAAAUGACUUCUUUUACAUUGAUUGCUCUAUGAGCUUUAAUGGUACAAUUGAUAGUAUACCUUAUACAAGUCUUUCAGAUUUGCCUGGAAUCCCAAGCAUUGAUGUAUCUGGUUCUUCUGUCAUUGGUCCUUAUAAUGAUAUAAUAUUAACUUUUGGUGGUAUAGGAAAAAAUAAUAGUUAUGGUUACCCGUUAAUAUACACUUAUGAUACAAAAAAUUAUACCUGGAAUUCUUUAACAACAAAUGGAAUUAAACCACCUAUAAGAAAAGGUGUUCGACCUACAUAUACUUCUGGAAGAUUAUAUGCAUUUGGAGGAUUUAAUUAUAUUAAUGGAACUUAUUAUAAUUCCAUCGAUCUGUUAGAUACUAUUGGUUUUAUUUGGUCAAAUAUUACCUUAUCAAAUGCUCCUUCUGGAAGGGAUGGUUACGUAUCUAAUUUAUUGCCAAAUGGUAAUAUCAUAUAUUUAGGUGGAUAUUUAUCUGGUCAAACUAUUGGUUUAGAUACUGCUUAUUUGUAUAAUACGAAUAAUAAUACAUGGAGAAAUAUGACUACACUAGGUGUAACUCCUGAAAGUCGUGGCCAUUUUACUUCUGUGUUAGGUUUAAAUAAAAAUCGAUUGAUUAUAUAUGGAGGAGAAAGUACAAAAGGUUAUAAUCAUGCUGCAACACCAACUUUAGUUGUAUUGGAUUUGAGUUCAGAACCUUUUACUUGGAUUUCUCAAAACGUGUCUGGUGAUUUUAUACCACCUCCUUUACUUCUUCAUACUGCAAAUGUUGUUAAUAAUUAUAUGAUUAUAGCAUAUGGUUUUAAUUAUCAAACUAAUUUAUUAAGCAGUGAUAUCUAUAUUCUUGACAUAAGUAAUGAUUCUGAAUAUACAUGGGUUAAUGAAUUUAAUCUAAAUCUAAAAAAUCCAUCAUUAAUUAGCUUUCCAACUUAUAAGAGUACAUGUACAGAUAACAAAGCUUAA